GUUUAGCUGGCACGCUUCUACCCUAUAUAAGAGCGCCCGUGUAGGGGAUAGACACUUUACAGCAACAUCUUCGUGUUCAGUUUGCAUUCGAGCCAGGAACUACCAAGAGUUUGAAAAUGGCCUUCGCGGGACUCCUGAACGACGCUGAUAUCGCCGCAGCCAUCAAGGAAUGCCAAGCUCCUGAAUCUUUCGAUCACAAGGCAUUCUUUGCCAAGAUUGGACUGGCUAGGAAGUCCGCCGCAGAUGCGGUGAAAGUUUUCAAAAUCAUCGACCAGGACCAGAGCGGAUUCAUUGAGGAAGAAGAGUUGAAGCUGUUUCUGCAGAAUUUCGCUGCUGGCGCCAGAGCUUUGACUGAUAGAGAGACUGCUGUAUUCCUCGCAGCUGGUGACUACGACGGUGAUGGCAAAAUCGGAGUUGAUGAAUUCCAGUCCUUGGUGAAGUAAAGCCACAGCCAACAGGCAAUAGAAACUAUGUAUUAUGCAACACUGUACAUUUAAUGGCAUUUGUAAACGUCACCGUCUUGCUUUCCUCUUGUGAUAUCCUUUACAAUUGAAAAUUAAAAACAAUGAACUCGU